AUGCCGCUCACGAAACAAGAAAUCUCCCUCCUCAUCAACCCCCUCGUCCCCGAAUCCGUCCAACACAACAACCGCACCCUCUCCUCCCUCCACAGCCUCACCUCCUUCCUCCUCGGCCUAACAGCCGGCAUCCUCUCGCUGCAAUCCGCCACCGGCUUUCUCUUCUACCUGCUCGGCACGGUGCUCGUGUCGGCGCUCUUCCAUGGUUUGCUGCUGUAUCGCUCGGGGGGGAUCGGCGCGGGAGCGUUCUUUGCGGGCUCGAAUGGGGGCGAGAUUGAGGGGAUUGAUGAGAGGGGGGUUGUGGGUGGAAGUGGAAGUGGAAGUGGGGAUGGGAAAGGGAAAGGGAAAGGGAUGGUGAGGAAGGGCGCGUGGAGAGAUGUUUGGUUUGGGGGGGCGUGUUGGGUGAGGCGCUUUCGGGGUUCGUGUUGGGGUGGGCGGGUGUGGGGGGGAUGUUGA